AUGGUGGCGCGACAGUCUGGUGGCGACACAAAAUCGGCGGCUCGAGCCAUCUCAUUCCUGGAAGCUCGGCUGGUGGCUGGUGGCUCUAUGAGAAAAUUGGAGUUUGCGAGUCCGGAUGCAUUCAAUGAUUUCUUCAUUGAAUCAGUGAAUAGCAUUGUAGGUGAACUGCCCACUGCUGCUGCAGACCCUGCUGAACUACUGGCUGCACGAGUUCCAGCAGUGCAUGCACGCCUCUCUUUCUUCCGCCCCAUCACUUCAUUGGCCCUGAGGAAGAUUGUCAAAUCAUUCAAGCCAUCGAAAAGUCCUGAUGUGUAUGGAAUGUCUGCAUUCAUGCUUCGUGAGGUGAUUGAGGAAAUUGUUGAUCCACUUGCUGUGGCAGUUAAUGAUUGCCUGAGGACUGCCAUCUUUCCAGACUUCUUGAAAACAUCUAGAACCACUCCGGUUUACAAGAAGGGUGACCACCAGAGCCUAAACAGCUACAGGCCUAUAUCCAUCACUCCAAUCUUUGGUAAGGUGGUUGAAGCGGUCAUCAAGCCCCAACUUGAGGACUUCUUUGAGAGGAAUACCUUUUUUCAGACAUGCAAUUCGGUUUUCGCAGAGGGAGGUCUACUUUGA